AAAACCCACCCUGAACACCCUCUGUAUGUUUCAUUUAUAAUCCACCUCUCAGUACAAACUCAGAUCAGACGCGCCUUUUCUUUUCCGAGUAAUUUGAAAAUAACACCCGAAACACCAUCAUGUGGGCUGAAGAUGAUUUGGGUCCAGGAGUUCCCUGUCUCGAAAGCUGGUCAGAACCUACUGAUGGAAAAGUUUACAGAAUGUAUCAUGGUACCUCUUCACAUGCUGCUGCUCAAAUCAUGAAAACCGGCUUUAAGCAAUCUUCGGGUGGCAUGUUAGGGCGUGGUGUGUACCUCAGUCGUGAUCUUGAUAAGGCCAGUAGAUACCCUUUGGAUCCUGAGCACCAGAGAGUUGUUAUAAGAGUGAGAGUUAGGGUUGGAAAAGUAAAGAAAAUUGAUCAUCAAGGUCACCCACUGCAGAAAACCUGGCAUAAUCACGGCUAUGACACUGCUUGGUGUCCUCCUGGAUGUGGCAUGGUUCGAAGUGGUCUGGAAGAAGAUUGUGUGUGGGAUCCAAAACGCAUUGAGGUCAUCGAUGUAAUUCGCCCAAGUACAGAAGAAGAACUAGCCAAUAACCGUUCAGAACCUAUUGAUGGGAACGUUUACAGAAUGUAUCAUGGUACCUCUUCACAUGCUGCUGCUCAAAUCAUGAGAACCGGCUUUAAGCAAUCUUCGGGUGGCAUGUUAGGGCGUGGUGUGUACCUCAGUCGUGAUCUUGAUAAGGCCAGUAGAUACCCUUUGGAUCUCCCUGAGCACCAGAGAGUUGUUAUAAGAGUGAGAGUUAAGGUGGGGAGAGUGAAGAAAAUUGAUUAUCAAGGUCACCCAAUGCAGAAAACCUGGCAUGAUCAAGGCUAUGACACUGCUUGGUGUCCUCCUGGAUGUGGCAUGGUUCGAAGUAAUCUGGAAGAAGAUUGCGUGUGGGAUCCAAAACGCAUUGAGGUCAUCAAUUUAAUUAGCCCAAGUACAGGAGCAGGACUAUUCUCUGGUCGCUGAACUGCUGUAGAAAUUGUAUAAAUGUCAAAAAAUGUUGACAAAAGAUUAUUGUGAAGCAAUAAAAAUUAUGCAAUUUUGUGUAUUAACACUUAA